AUGCGCACGUCUCGCAUCUCUCGGGACACGACACGGAUCUUUUCUGCCCUAUCGCCUAAUGCGCGCACGGGGCGAUCGACACGACGUUCGAAGCGGCUGGCAUCCUUCGCGCUGGGGUAUGAUGGACGAGUUGAGGUGAAGGAGGAGGAAGAGGAAGAGGCGGAAGAAGAACGGGAAGCACAGGAAGUUGGGACACCGAUUAGCGAAGAGCCUCCCAGGAGCCCCCUGAUUCCAGAUAUCGAGGACGCAGUUCCUGCCUCGCGGCGUUCAAGCAGAAAGCGGAAAUUCGGCGCCGAGACGCCCUUGAGAGAUACUUUUGCAACGGAGACAGUGACGAAGCACGAGACCGCGGAGGCGUCGCCCAGCAAGACUAAGGAGGAGGACGCAGAUUCAGAUCGCAAUGAACUUGGAGACGAAGCUGUCCCAUUCAUAGCGUUACCAAGUGGUCGGGGGCGAGCGAGAGCAGCGAAACCUAAGAUCCCAGCACGAAGAAUGACCUCUCCAUCUGGCGCAGCAACAGGGAAAACACGCAUCCAAGCCCCCUCCAACUGGGAGGAAAUCUACAGCAUCAUCAAAGCCAUGCGGCAGCGCAACCCCACCGCUCCGGUCGACACCAUGGGAUGCGAAGACCUCUACUGGCGGGGUGCACCGCCGCGGGACCAGAGAUACCACACCCUCACCGCGCUGAUGCUCUCCUCGCAGACAAAAGACACUGUCACCGCGGCGGCGAUGCAGCGCCUCCACACCGAACUGGGGGCUCGAGACAACGAUGGUGACGGCAAGCUCCAGCUCCCGCAAUCCACGUUAACCAUCGACAACGUCAUCUCCUGCGAUGCGACACACCUCGACAGCCUCAUUGGCAAGGUCGGCUUCCACAACAACAAGACAAAGUACAUCAAGCAGGUGGCCAGGAUCUUGAAGGACGAGUACCACUCCGACAUACCGGACAGCGUGGAGGGUCUAGUGCGCCUCCCUGGCGUGGGACCCAAGAUGGCGUAUCUGUGCAUGUCGGCCGCGUGGGGGAGGGACGAAGGCAUCGGCGUGGACGUCCACGUCCACCGAAUCACCAAUCUCUGGGGUUGGCACAAGACCAAGACGCCAGAGGAGACGAGGAUGUGGCUUGAGGGGUGGUUGCCCCGGGAUAAAUGGCAUGAGAUCAACAAGAUGCUGGUCGGGCUGGGACAGACGGUCUGUUUGCCGGUCGGACGGAGGUGUGGAGAGUGUGAUUUGGCGGGCACGGGCUUGUGCAAGGCCGAGAUACGGGGUUGGAAGGCUAGUGAGAGGAGAGUGAAGAAAGAGAAGCUCGAGAUAUGUGCAGAUGCACCUGUUCAGGCUGUGAAUCUCGAGGUCCAGGAGCGGAAGAUAGUGACGGUCAAGGAGGAGCUUGUGGAUCCAUGA